AUGACCUACCAGACCAUGGCGCAGAUUUUCAUGGGAAUUGCUCAGACUGGAUGCUGGGGUUGCUUCGAUGAAUUCAACCGAAUCUCCAUUGAGGUGCUCUCGGUGGUGUCCACCCAGUACAAAUGCAUCCUUGAUGCGAUUCGUGCGCAAGUUCAGGUAUUCCUGUUUGCAGAGGAGGAGACCAAGUUGAUUUCGACAUGUGGAGCUUUCAUUACCAUGAACCCCGGCUACGCUGGGCGAACGGAGCUGCCAGAGAAUCUCAAGGCGCUCUUCCGUUCCGUGGCCAUGAUUGUGCCUGACCUGCGAUUCAUUUGCGAGAACAUGCUGAUGUCCGAGGGUUUCAUCAAAGCCCGACCUUUGGCCAACAAGUUUGUGCAGCUCUAUUCAUUGUGCAAGGAGCUUCUGAGCAAACAGAUGCACUAUGACUGGGGUUUGCGGGCUGUCAAAUCCCUUCUUCGGCAGGCAGGUACGUUGAAGCGCUUGGAACCAGACAGUGAUGAGAAUCCCGUUCUUUGCCGAGCUUUGCGAGAUUUCAACACUCCCAAAAUCACCACGCUGGAUAUGCCUAUUUUCAUUCGCUUGAUCCAGGAUCUCUUCCCUGGUGUCUGGCCUGAUCCAUUCAGCGAUCCAGACUUCGAAAAGUUUUGCGAACAGAUCGCCAAGCAACGUGGCUUGCAGGCAGACAAGCAGUUCAUCAUCAAGACUGUCGGCAUGCUUGGAAUCCUUGGGGUGCGCCACUGCAUGUUCAUCAUUGGACCAUCUGGUUGUGGCAAGACGGAGGUGUGGAAGACUCUGAUGGAAGCACUUCGGGCUCGUGGGGAAGACGGGCAGUGGGAACAGGCAAAUCCAAAAGCCGUGACCAGUGACGAGCUGUACGGCACCAUGUCCAAGACGAAGGAGUGGAAAGAUGGACUGAUUGCUGUCAUUUUCCGGAACAUGAGCAAAGAGAUCAACGGCUACAAGUCGUCCCAUCAGCACAAGUGGGUGAUUCUGGAUGGAGACAUCGAUGCAACUUGGAUUGAGUCCAUGAACACGGUCAUGGACGACAACAAGGUCUUGACAUUGGUCUCCAAUGAACGUAUUCCAUUUUCUCCAUCCAUGCGCAUGAUUCUCGAGAUCCAAGAUAUGAAGCAUGCAAGCCCAGCAACUGUCUCACGAGGUGGUGUCCUUUUCAUCAACGAAACUGACAUUGGUUGGAAGCCUUAUGUUGAAAGCUGGCGGGAGAAGCUGGACCAAAUUCCCCAGGGUGCCUUCUACUUGCACUUUUCCAAUUACUUUGAGCAGAACAUCGAGGCCAUCCGCAAGUCGUUCAACUUCUCCUGCCCAAUGCUGGAUAUGGGCUUCAUCAACAGCCUCACGUGCUUUAUUGAUGCCCUUUUGACCAACAACACAAAGGAGAAUCUGGAGGCUUUAAGAACCAUGACCCCUGAAGAGCAGAAGAUGAGCUACGAUGCCAUGUUUUGUUUUGCCAUGAUGUGGACCAUUGGUGGUUCCAUCGCAGAUGACAAGACAGUCAACUACCGCAAGGCCUUCAAUGCUUUCAUGAAAGGUAUCUCGAAAGGGGUGCGCUUCCCUGACCAGGGGGAGUGCUAUGACUACAUCUAUGAGCCGAAGGCCAAGGACUGGGUGUGCUGGGAUACCUACAUCAAAGCCUACCAGCCAUUGACAGAGCAGAUGUACCAGAACAUCGUGGCUCACCUGCUUCAGACAAAGGGGCUGGUGCUUUCACAGACAACAUGCCUGUUAAAUACUUUGCACACAUAG